AGAAGAGAAAGGUUGAGGAAUACUAAAGAGUUGGAGGCAUAACUCCAAAAAAUGGAUGAGGUACAGGGGGUGGAAUGAGGUCCCGUGUCACUAAAGUAUGCAUUAAAGGGUUAAGCCCUCCUUGGGGAGUUCAAGCCCAGGAAUUUCAGUUGGUUCUGAAAACGUUGACUUUGAGCCGUCAGCAGGGAUGCUGUUACCUGAUUAUGAAGAUAAUCAGACCCCUGAAGACGAGGAGGUGCAAGAGGGGGAUGCUAACUUCAGCAAUGAGAUUGAAGACCUCGCAAAGGAGGGGGAAAUGCCCAUCCAGGAGCUCUUGAAUCUCUAUGGCUACGGUGGCAGCGGCUCACCUGAGGAAGAAGAAGAUGAGGAAGAGGAAGAUGAGGAGGAUGCAGAUGGAGAUGAGGAGGAGGAGGAUGAUGAAGGAGAGGAUAUGGAUAAUGAUGAGAGCAGCAGAAGCACCGGAGAACUGAAGAAGAGCAAGGAGGAUGGAGUUAAAAUAUGCAAGGGUUUGGUGAAUGAGAGCCGCUCCACUGACAGUCGAGCUUGGGCGGUGAAAACCUGUAACACAACUGAACUCAAACGAUCACAGAACUGCAGCUACUUUCAGAAUAAUGAAGUUGAGGAGGAAUCAGAGGAGGAUGAGGACUAUAUUCCCUCUGAAGACUGGAAGAAAGAGAUUAUGGUGGGCUCCAUGUAUCAGGCUGAAACACCGUCUGGACUGUGCAAGUACAAAGACAAUGAGAAAGUGUAUGAGAAUGCUGACCAGCUGCUGUGGAAUCCGGAAAUCCUUCCUGAAAACACUGUGGUGGAGUUUCUAACAGAAGCGUGUCGACGGACGGGAGAGGAGACGGGAGUAGAUGCUAUUCCUGAAGGGUCUCAUAUCAAAGACAAUGAGCAGGCUUUAUAUGAGCUGGUGAAGUGUAACUUUGACACUGCAGAAGCUUUACGAAGAUUGAGAUUUAACGUUAAAGCAGCCAGAGAGGAACUGUCUGUCUGGACAGAGGAAGAGUGCAGGAAUUUUGAACAAGGUUUAAAGGCUUAUGGGAAAGACUUUAAUUUUAUCCAGGCCAACAAGGUCAGAACGCGGUCUGUCGGAGAUUGUGUGGCUUUUUAUUACAUGUGGAAAAAGUCAGAGCGAUAUGAUUUCUUUGCACAACAAACUAGACUUGGUAAAAGGAAAUACAACCUUCACCCGGGAGUGACGGAUUACAUGGACAGACUGCUGGAUGAGACAGAAAGCACAACCUCUAGUCGAGCAGCCACGCCCCUUCCCGCCCAUUCCAGCAGCAGCACCAGCCAAUCAGAGAGAGAGGAGACCAGCGCUCACAACGGACUCCACAGUCACAGCUCCAGUGCAGACUCCACGCAAACAUCGAGCAGUGUGAACGAGCUGAAGAGUGAAUCUGUCCAAUCAAACGGAGCGGACAGCAUAUCAACAGAUCAUCAGGACUCUAACGGCUGUAAACUCACAGACACUCACAACACAGACACAAACGGCUCUGUGAAGCACCAACAGGACUGCCAGAGUCUCGACAGGCCGACAAAAAAGUGCCGGACAGAAUCAGACUCGCUGACCCAGGCCGAGACGGACGCUUCUAGGGCGAAGGAAGACUGAAUGAGACCAAAGUUCAGGCCAGAUCCAGAGACUGUGGGGAUGGGACAGCGCUGUGACACCUCUCGCCCCAUCCACCCUAAAUCCAAAGCCAAGCUGCUCCAAAAACGCCACCCUCCGACUCGAACUACAGCCAAUUAAUGCUCCUUUUUCACGAAACCAUUUACAGAGAAAUGUAUAUUCUAUUUGUAACGGAAUUUGCCUGAUAUUUUUUUACCAACAAGAUAUUUAUAUUUUUAUUGAGACAUUUUGACAAUGGGUGAAUAUGCUUUGUAAGCCAUUAUACAUUAUUCAUGAGGAUGAUUGUUGGUGAGCUUGGCCUCGUGUGAAUGGGGGCGUGGUCAGUGUAUCUCCAGGCACAUCAAGCUGUAUUUUUGUCCUGUGUGUGUGUGUUGGUUUAUGUGACAUACGGUGCAGUGCUCGGCUUGUGUGUGUCAAUGGAGUCGUACUGCGAGCUCCCCAACUUUCCUUCAACAGAUGUAGUAAAAAAUAAAUAAGCCAAUGGAAUCACUCCUCGGUUUGUUUUUGUAAAGUGUUCGACAUCAGUGAUGUCUGCUCGGAAACUCACUCAUCGGUUUGCUAGCGGUAUGUUUGUAGUAACUAGGUGAAAUGUCUGGGUCAUAUUUUAUGCCAUAAUCAAAAGAAAAAAAUAUAAAAAGAUAUUUUUUAGAUUUUUUUUUUUUUUUUGUUUUUGACCCAUUACAAUUUUUUUAAAGAUUUGUUUUUGACAAAUAUGCACACUUUCCCCAAACUCUUACAUUAUUCAAUAUUUUACUGUAAUCUUCUACUGUAAUUAUGCAUAUGUUACUGUAAUCUCACCCUUAUUAUCAUAAUGUGUUUAGAUGUUUACUUUGUAUUAGCUUAUAAUUCUCAUUAUUAUCAUUGAUGAUUCCCAUUAGAAUCUCAAUGAUUACUGUAAUACUACAUUGAAAACCAUCCUGUCCAGACACAAUGUUUUUUUUUUAAACAGCGUAGAUCAAAUUCAGUGCAAGAAAUACUACCAUGUUGAAUACUUACAACAUUACAAUAUACAUAGUAUAUCAUUUUUUGCAUUACUAUAAUGACAGUGAGAUUUAAAAGCAAAUCUUAAUACUAAUAGGGUUUUCUUUAAGCAAUAUAUGUCUUUUUUUUUAUUUUGGGCUGACAUAGAACCUUUUCAUUUGUUGCAUAUGGUUUGUAUAGAUUUCUUAACGUGCUUAUAUCUCAUGCUUUUGAUAAUCGACAUUUCUCAAUUUGCGUUUUUGUACCUGAGAUGCACGCAACUAAUUAUUCGGAAACCUAAAUUCUUAUAAGGUUAGCAAACAAAUAGAAUAAAUACUGAUAGCUUCUAUGAGUAACCGGCUUCACAUUCCACUGUUUUAAAGGUAGGCCGAAUUAAUAUAGUGAUAUGACCCAAAUCAAUGCAAACGUAUUGCCUCCAAUGUUAUAAAACAACCCUAUAAUACACCUCUCUUGCCAAAACAAGCACCUGGCCAGUUAUAGAAAUGAAUUUACUCCACCUCACAUUCUAGGAAAGGUGCAUCAAUUGUCCAACAGGUCCUGCAUUUAGAUCUUUAAGAGUUCAUGGUGCUAUAUCUCUACUGAAUGGUGGGUGAUACUGAACCUCCCAUUGGCUUAUUUAUUGUAAUUUCUGUUGUUUUCUGCCUGGAGUGGUAUUAAGACUUCCGUUUAGCCUCAUGUGAUUUAAGCAUUGAUCGUAUUUUAAAUGGUCUAGUAUGGGAUAUAGCCACACACUGAUCAAAGCUUAUUCAUAAAUCCAUGUUAAAUAGUAAAGCCAUCUGUAUCCACACUGGUCCACUGCAGAUGAUGGUAUGCUUUCUGAAAUUACUCGCUGCAUUUUGGAGUAGCGCAGAGAGUGUUUAUUUAAAACAUGAUUGUAAGAGUUAAGUUGGUCCUCUGAUGUUUAUCUAAUAAAUAUUGUGAAUGUACUUACAGAAAUGAAAUACUUAGCUUCCUGAAUAGAU